AUGGAGGUCGCCACCCCCGGCGUGCCAAAUGGCGUGCCCACAACGGACACGACUGCUGUGGUGGAUUCGGGUACCGUGAUCCAGUACCUGACAGAGGUGCUUCAGGUGACACUGGGCGCUCUGAAGUCUGAGCUGGAAAGCGCGGGGAGCUUGCUCUCUGCUGCUAAAUACAACGAAACUGCGCAAAGAUGCACGCGUUUUGCCUCCGAGUCGCAAGUUGCGCUUUAUGUGCAGAAGGAUAUCGCGGCCGCGGAGGAGACAAACGGCGAAGCUGAGGGUUCAGAGUCAGUGCAUUAUGUCUACACCCUCUCCUCAGAGAUAUCCUCCGCCUCGACCACCGUAGGUUCUGUCGCCUUCAUCAAACGUCCUGCUUCUAUCGACCCCUCCCUCUCGAUUGCAUCGCAGAUCCAAGUGAUGAACUUACCCGGUCUGGCAUCACUCAACAACGCUCCGUCACAGCAAGGAGCUUCCAUGUCGCCCUAUCAAAUCCUGCACCUGCUCCUCCACCACGGCCUCAGCCCCUACUUCGAAGCCUAUACGCGCAACCAAGAGACGAUCACCGGAGCGAAGCCAAGAGGCGACACGGAAGCGAAGACCGGAAUUCCAGGCACAAAGAAGAAGUUUGCAGAGUUGGAGCUGGGUCUCAUGCACCUGCAACAGAAUGUCGAGAUUCCCGCAUUGAACCUUCCGCUUCACGAAGUCGUCCAAGCUGCGCUGAAGGAGGCUGAAGCCAAGGGCAUCAAACCUACAGUGGAGCUGAUCCCAGCGUCCGUCUUGGACAGCAGUGCUUUCACGAAUAGUAUUCAGAACACUGUGAACGGCUGGAUUCGGUCCAUCCAGACCAUCACCAAGAUGUCUCGGGAUCCCGAUGGAGAGUCUGCCGCGCCAGAAGUCAACUUCUGGCUAUCUAUGGAAUCUGCGCUGGAAGGAAUUGAAGGACAGCUAGCAAGUGACGGAGUGCGACUUACUAUGGAUAUUCUGCGCCACGCAAAGCGAUAUCAGCCCACUCUCAGUUUCGUGGCAGAUACUGGGCUGAAAGACGCCUCUGAGCUGGUCCAGAAGUACAAUCAGCUUAUGCGUGAUUUCCCCCUGGACGAGCUUCUCUCUGCUACCUCUCUGCAGAAAGUGCAGGAGUCACUAGGCUUGAUCUUCACCCACCUGAACAAGAAGCUUAAGAUCUGCCCUUACCCCAUCAAGCGUGCUUUGUCACUUGUCGAGUCCAUUUCUGGGGAUCUAGACAAGAAGAUUCAUGACCUGAUCAAUGGUCGUGAUGUUCUCCACCUCGACUACCGCGAGUUUCGGUCACUGAUGAAAAUCACCCAGGCUAUCUGGCGGACAUGGGACGAGAAUCUUAAGGAAUUCACCAACGUCGCUCGUGAAUCAACAAGACGCAGAAAUGAGAAGUUCAUCCCGAUCAAAAUCAAUGCCCGACACGACAAGACUCGCGAACGUCUCAAGUACAUUGAUACCUUCCGAGUUAACCACGAGCAGCUCCAAAAAACCAUCAUCAACGUUUUGGGGCCGAAGAACUUGUCGCCCGCAGAGACCGGCGCUGGCGUGGACUCUGACGAGGCUAUCAUUGUUGAGGAAAUUGGCGAUGUGGAUGCCGUGGAGGAGGUUACACUGGCAUAUGCUGCCCUGAAGAAUGUUGAUGUUUUGGAUGUUUCCCCAGAAGGAGCUCGCACCUGGGAACAGGCAGAGAUUGGCUACAGUGAGCGAACAUCUCGAGUCGAAAACUCUAUCAUUGCCCGCCUGCGCGACCGUCUUGCAACCGCCAAGAAUGCCAACGAGAUGUUCCGUGUCUUCUCCAAAUUCAACGCUCUUCUCGUUCGCCCUAAGAUUCGUGGUGCGAUUGGAGAAUAUCAAACGCAGCUUAUCGAGAAUGUCAAGCGUGAUAUUUCAGCUCUCCAUGAACGUUUCAAGCACCAGUAUGCUCAUUCCGAGGCACACGCGAUGGCUCAAUUGCGUGAUCUUCCGCCUGUGUCUGGUGCCAUCAUAUGGGCUAGACAGAUCGAGCGACAGCUUGACGGCUACAUGCGCAAGGUUGAAAAUGUUCUAGGAGAGGACUGGCACUUGCAUACUGAAGGAGAGAAGCUGCAAGCCGAAAGCAGUCUGUUCCGCAAGAAGCUUGACACUCGUCCGGUCUUUGAGUCUUGGCUCUGGGAUGUCCAGAGACGACACAUCACGAUUUCUGGCCGCCUUUUCAAUAUAGUGCGCAACCGCGCCGCUGGAAACACCCUGGAGCUAACAGUCAACUUCGAUGCCCAAAUCAUCGCCCUGUUCAAAGAAGUUCGAAACCUCAUUUGGUUGAAUUUCCAGGUUCCUCAUGCCGUGAGCAACAUCUCUAAGGAAGCGAAGCGUGUCUACCCCUACGCGAUCAGUUUAAUGGAGAGCGUGCGGACCCUUCUCCAGACAAAUCGUACUAUCGCCUCGAUGUCUGAUGUUGCUAUUCUCCUGAAUGGCUAUGUCAACGAUUCACAAGCUAUGGUCGCGAAGGGUAUCCCUCUUAGAUGGGAGUCAUUCGUUCACUCUUACGAACUCCAUGUCAAACAAUCUGCGCUUGCCAAUGGCGCCAUCGACACCGCCAUGCCAAACCGUACAGAAAGCAAACAUGUUCAGUUUGUUCGCGAGUUCGCCGGCUCAGCAUCCGUUCUCCAGUCCAAGACAGCCGUUCUGUCAUCCAUCAAUGAAAGCAUUCAGAAAUCUAUCCUUGAGCUCAAGACUUGCCCUUAUGAUUUUGCGGCAUUCAAGCAACGCCUCGAAACCAUCCAGAAUGCCGUGGAUAAGCUCAAUCUCGAGAAUUACGUCAACUUGGACUUCUGGGUCUCCGAAUUAAACGCGAAAAUCCAGGCCAUCUUCCAAGAGAGACUUCAUCGUGCUGUUCGCGAAUGGAUCAGCACUUUCCAGGUAUCUCGCAACCCGGAGGCAGGUACAUUCCAGUCACAAUUUGCUGUCAUCGAGCCGGAGGCUACAAUUUAUAAAAUUGAAUUCCCCGAACUUUUCCAUGAGAUUUCCAUGAAGAACCAGGUUCUACAUCUCGACCCUCCACUGCAGUUCGCCCGUGCCAGUUGGUUUGAACACUUUGAUAACUGGCUCGGAGUCAUCUGUAAUCUCGAGAAGAUUAAAGCUUCCCGAUACCAAAUCUCGAUCGAUGUUCAGGCCGUUCGUCAGUCGGAGGCAUGCUUUGCGGAUCUCCCCCAACUCUGCACUGAUGAACUCAACCAAGUCUAUGGAGUUAUUGAAUCUAGAUUGAAGGAUGUCUCACAAUACGUCGACAAAUGGUUGCAAUUCCAGUCUCUGUGGGAUCUGCAAUCCGAGCAGGUAUAUGAUAUCCUGGGAGAUGACCUGUCUCAAUGGCUCCAGCUGCUCCAGGAAAUCAGAAAGAGCCGGGCCACUUUUGACACCUCUGAAGUCAGCCGAGGAUUCGGAAACAUCCGAAUAGACUACGAGCAAGUCCAAACCAAGGUCAAUGCCAAGUACGAUCAGUGGCAACACGAGAUCCUGCUGAAAUUUGGUGCCAAGCUCGGUGGCCGUAUGCGAGAGGUACAUUCGGACAUCGCGUCUGCUCGCCGUGACCUGGAGGGGCAGACCCUUGAAGCCUCUUCUACCGCACAUGCUGUGUCGUUUAUCACAAUCGUGCAACAAUGCAAGCGCAAGACUCGCGUGUGGGAGCCCGAGGUCGAUCUUUUUCGCCAAGGUCAAACUACACUAUCUCGGCAACGAUACCAAUUCCCUAGUGAUUGGCUUCACGUGGAGAAUGUUGAUGGUGAAUGGGCCGCACUCAAUGAGCUUCUUACUCGGAAGAGCAAGAUCGUUCAAGACCAAACCGAAGGUCUCCGUGCUAAGAUUGCCGCUGAAGACCGCGUCAUUGGCGACAAGAUUGCUGAAAUCAUUGGGCAGUGGAAUGAUGAAAAGCCUGUCUCCGGAACCAUUCCUCCCGACGAAGCCUCUCGCACCCUAAGCUCAUUCCAGUCUCGCCUGGAGUCUCUCCAGUCUGAAUUCGAGAUGGUUUCCAAAGCCAAGGAGGCUCUCGAUCUCCCUGCAAGCACAGAAUCCUCACUCCCCGCUAUCCUUGAGGAGGUUCAAGACUUCAUGUCAGUCUGGGCUGCAUUGGCAACUAUCUGGAAGAGUCUCGAGGAUCUCCGUGAAAGUUUGUGGGCCUCCGUCCAACCCCGCAAGAUCCGUCAAUCUUUGGAUGGCCUGAUCAAGAUGACCAAGGAGAUGCCAAGCCGAAUGAGACAGUAUGCUGCGUUUGAACACAUCCAGAACGUCCUCCGAGGGCUGUUGAAAGCCAACAGCACACUGUCCGAUCUGAAGUCCGAGGCUGUCAAGGAUAGACAUUGGGAAAAGAUCUUCAAGGCUCUGAAACCUGGAGAGCGACCCGGCUUGAACAAUCUCACUCUCGGCCGGGUCUGGGAUCUACAACUAACAGCAAGCGAUGCUAUUAUCAAAAGCAUCCUUGCCCAGGCCACUGGUGAAAUGGCAUUGGAAGAAUUCUUGAAGCAGGUCCGAGAGACUUGGCAAACUUACUCCCUGGAUUUGGUCAACUACCAGAACAAGUGCCGCCUCAUCCGUGGCUUCGACGAUCUAUUUGCCAAGUGUAGUGAGAACUUGUCCUCCUUACAAGCCAUGAGAAACUCUCCCUAUUACAAAGAAUUCGAGGAAGAAGCUGCCGCCUGGGAAGAUAAAUUGAACCGUGUCCACGUCCUUUUCGAUGUUUGGAUCGACGUGCAAAGACAAUGGGUUUACCUGGAAGGCGUGUUUACCGGAAACGCUGAUAUAAAACAUCUCCUACCUCUCGAAUCCAGCCGCUUCCAGAACAUCAAUUCCGAAUUCUUCGCUGUUAUGAAGAAGGUCUACAAAUCUCCUUUUGUCCUCGAAGUUCUUGCCAUCAACGGCGUCCAGAAGUCCCUCGAGCGUCUGGCAGAAUUGCUUAACAAAAUCCAAAAGGCCCUUGGUGAAUAUCUGGAGCGCGAGCGUGUUUCAUUCCCUCGUUUCUAUUUCGUUGGAGAUGAGGACUUGCUGGAGAUCAUUGGUAACAGCAAUGAUAUCUUCCGAGUUGCCAAACAUUUCAAGAAGAUGUUCGCUGGUCUAUCGGGUCUCCUGAUGGAUGACGACAACAAUAUCAUUGGAUUCACCUCCAAGGAGGGCGAAGAGGUUCGCCUGAAGAAGGAAGUCAACCUUCUCAAGACUCCGAGAAUCAACGACUGGCUCACAGCGUUGGAGAACAACAUGAAGUUGACCCUCGCCGAACUUCUCGCUGAAGCCGUUGAGCAGUUCGAUACACUUUACAACGCAACAGAGGUAGAUCGUACAGCCUUCAGCGAUUUCCUCGCCAAUUACCCUGCCCAGAUUGUCGUCCUUGCCAGCCAGGCAGUAUGGACCAACUCGGUACAGAAGUCUCUGGAAGAAGGCGGUACGAACCUCUCUGCCCUGUACGAUGCCGAGGUCAGGAUUCUUGAGCUGCUGGCCGCCACCGUUCUUGGCGAUCUUGAUGCUAUUGCUCGCAAGAAGUGCGAACACAUGAUCACUGAGUUCGUCCAUCAGAGAGAUACCAUCUCAAAGCUCAUGGCGUCCAAUGCUACCGCGCCCACACAUCAUCUAUGGCUGCUGCAGAUGCGCUACGUGUACAAAGCAGAGGGUGACUUCUUGCAGCGCCUGUAUGUCUACAUGGCAAAUGCGAAGCUCAACUACGGAUUUGAGUACUUGGGUGUCCCAGAGCGUCUUGUUCGCACUCCUCUUACCGAUCGUUGUUUCCUUACACUUACCCAGGCGCUUUGCCAAAGACUCGGUGGUUCUCCCUACGGCCCAGCCGGAACUGGAAAGACCGAGUCCGUCAAGGCACUUGGUUUGCAGCUCGGUCGUUUCACCCUUGUGUUCUGCUGUGACGACACUUUCGAUUUCCAGGCCAUGGGCCGUAUCUUCCUGGGUAUCUGCCAGGUUGGUGCCUGGGGUUGUUUCGAUGAGUUUAAUCGUCUUGAAGAGCGUAUCCUGUCUGCUGUCUCGCAGCAAAUCCAAAAUAUCCAGAUUGGUCUCCGAACGCGCGACGAAGACGAGAACAGUCAAAUCGAGCUUGUUGGACGACGCCUCGCUGUCAAUGCCAAUACUGGUAUCUUCAUUACCAUGAACCCUGGCUACGCAGGCCGAUCAAACUUGCCGGACAACUUGAAGAAGCUGUUCCGCAGUGUCGCUAUGUCCAAGCCCGACAAGGAGCUCAUUGCGGAAGUCAUGCUCUUCUCUCAGGGGUUCAAGCAAGCGAAGCCUUUGUCAAAGCAGACAGUUCCGUUCUUCGACCAUUGUGCAUCUAAGUUGUCUAAGCAGGCCCAUUAUGAUUUCGGUCUUCGUGCCUUGAAGAGUGUUCUUGUUAGCUCCGGUGGUCUGAAGCGUGCACGUGUUGCCAACUCCGGGGGUGAAUUAGGACCAGAUGAAAUCGUCGAGCCUCAAAUCAUCGUCCAAAGUUUGCGAGAAACCAUCGCACCCAAGCUUGUGCAAGAAGAUGUUGAACGCAUGCUCGAGAUCCAGGCAGAGGACUUCCCCAGCGUCGAUUAUGUGCCCGCGAAUUACGAGAAGCUCACAAAUGCGAUCCGUGAAAUUGCUACCGGCAAGGGAAACCACUACGUCGAUAGCGAAAUGUGGGUCACCAAGGCUCUGCAGCUGUACCAGAUCCAAACCAUUCAUCAUGGUGUCAUGAUGGUUGGAAAGUCAGGAGCUGGUAAAUCCACUGCCUGGAAGAUCCUUCUAGAGGCCAUGCAAAAGGUGGAUGGUAUCGAUGGUGUCUCUCAUAUCAUCGACUCAAAGGUCAUGUCGAAGGAAGCUCUCUACGGUAACCUAGACAGCACUACUCGCGAGUGGACCGAUGGUCUUUUCACUGGUAUUCUUCGCAAGAUUGUUGACAACCUUCGUGGCGAAGAUAGCAAGCGCCACUGGAUCGUCUUCGAUGGCGAUGUUGACCCCGAAUGGGUUGAGAACUUGAACAGUGUUUUGGAUGACAACAAACUUCUGACUUUGCCAAACGGUGAACGUCUGAACCUCCCGCCAAAUGUUCGCAUCAUGUUCGAAGUUGAGACUCUGAAGUACGCAACACUCGCCACUGUCAGUCGUUGCGGUAUGGUCUGGUUCAAUGCCGAUACUGUCACUCCUGCGAUGAUGAUUACCAACUACGUCGAGGGUUUGAAAACCAAAACUUUCGAAGACCUGGAUGACGACAGUGCUCCUGCUGGGUUGGCCGCGGUGCGAACGACAACUACACAAGAAACACUUUCCACCAUUCUCAAGCAGCUCUUGGAAAGCGACUAUCUUGUGCCCAAGGCCCUUGAGGAGGCGAAGAAAUACAACCAUAUCAUGGACUUCACAGACAUUCGUGCCCUCAACACUUUGUUUAGCUUGCUGAACAAGGCCUGUCGCAAUGUUCUGGAGUACAACAUCCAGCAUGUUGACUUCCCUCUGGAUCCCGAGCAAAUCGAGUCUUAUAUCUCCAAGAAGCUCUUGCUCACCCUCGUCUGGUCAUUCACUGGUGAUUGUCCCCUCACGGAUCGCAAGGCGUUUGGUCAAUUCGUCACCGGAAUGUCAACCAGUGAUCUUCCACCAAAUGGCGACUCGUCGCUCAUUGACUACGAUGUGACUCUUCCAAAGGCAGAGUGGACAAGUUGGCAGGACCAGGUCCCUACAAUUGAUAUCAAUACUCACUCUGUCACUCAAACCGACGUCAUUAUCCCCACUGUGGACACUGUCCGCCAUGAGGAUGUCCUGUACUCUUGGCUUGCUGAGCAUAAGCCACUGCUACUGUGCGGUCCUCCUGGUUCUGGUAAGACUAUGACAUUGUUUGCUGCUCUGCGGAAGUUGCCAAACAUGGAGGUUGUUGGCCUCAAUUUCUCAAGUGCUACGACUCCCGAUCUUUUGAUCAAGACAUUCGAGCAAUACUGUGAAUAUAAGAAGACACUCAAUGGUGUAGUCAUGUCUCCCAACCAAAUUGGUCGUUGGUUGGUCAUCUUCUGCGACGAAAUUAACUUGCCCGCGCCUGAUCGCUACGGAACCCAGCGAGCCAUUUCCUUCUUGCGUCAACUUGUUGAGCAGAAUGGAUUCUGGCGAACCACUGAUAAGACGUGGGUUACCUUGGACCGCAUCCAGUUUGUCGGUGCUUGCAACCCUCCCACUGAUGCCGGCCGUACUCCAAUGGGAGAGCGAUUCCUGCGCCAUGCUCCUCUGAUCAUGGUUGAUUACCCGGGUGAGAUCUCGCUGAACCAGAUCUAUGGUACUUUCAACUCGGCGGUUCUCAAGAUUCUGCCCUUGCUUCGUGGAUUCUCCGACGCCCUCACCAAGGCCAUGGUUCAAUUCUAUCUCGAAUCCCAGGCAAGAUUCACGCCCAAGAUCCAGCCUCACUAUGUGUACUCUCCUCGUGAGCUUACUCGUUGGGUUCGUGGUCUCUACGAGGCCAUCAAGCCGCUUGAAACCUUGACUGUUGAAGGUCUUGUACGAAUCUGGGCCCACGAAGCCCUGCGUCUCUUCCAGGAUCGUCUAGUCGACGAAGACGAAAGAGCUUGGACCGCCGAUGCUGUUCGCCGUAUCGCAUUGGAACACUUCCCAAAUAUUGACGACGUGGAGGCGCUCAAGGGUCCGAUUUUGUUUUCGAACUGGCUAUCCAAGAACUAUGUCCCAGUCGAACAAGAACGCCUACGUGACUUCGUCAAGGCUCGUCUAAGAACAUUCUGCGAGGAGGAGGUUGAUGUUCCCUUGGUGCUGUUCAAUGACGUCCUCGAGCACGCGCUCCGCAUUGACAGAGUCUUCCGCCAGCCCCAGGGCCAUCUCAUUCUCAUUGGUGUCAGUGGCAGUGGAAAGACUACAUUGUCCCGAUUCGUUGCAUGGAUGAACGGAUUGAGGGUCUUCCAAAUCAAGGUCCACGGAAAGUACUCUUCAGAAGAUUUCGAUGAUGACCUGAGAAGUGUACUCCGUCGGGCAGGUUGCAAGGGCGAAAAGAUUUGUUUCAUUAUGGACGAGUCCAAUGUUCUGGACUCUGGUUUCUUGGAGCGCAUGAACACGCUACUUGCCAACGCCGAGGUGCCUGGUCUCUUUGAGGGCGAUGAGUUCUCUUCCUUGAUGACAGCCUGCAGAGAGGGAGCUCAACGUCAAGGUCUGCUCCUCGACUCCCAAGAGGAGCUAUACAAGUGGUUCACUCAGCAAAUUGUUAAGAACCUGCACGUGGUAUUCACUAUGAAUCCACCCGAGGAUGGUCUCUCGUCGAAGGCAGCCACCAGUCCCGCACUGUUCAAUCGUUGUGUCCUGAACUGGAUGGGUGAUUGGUCUGAUCAGGCACUGUUCCAGGUCGGCUCUGAGCUUACUCAGUCGGUCGAUCUGGACAAGCCCAACUUCGUCUCGCCUGAUAGCAUCCCAGUGGCAUACCGUGAACUUUCAUUGCCAGCUUCGCAUCGCGACACGGUGGUCAACUCUAUGGUGUACAUUCACCACUCUCUUCACCGCUUCAACCAGCGUUUGCAGAAGCAGCAAGGCCGUGUGACUUUCCUCACCCCUCGCCACUACCUUGACUUUGUUGCUCAAUAUGUCAAGCUGUUUAAUGAGAAACGUGAGGAUCUCGAGGAGCAACAGCGUCACUUGAAUGUGGGUCUGGAGAAACUUCGUGAUACUGUGGACAAGGUCAGCGAUUUGCGAGCCAGCCUGGCGCAGAAGAAGACUCAGCUGGAGAGAAAGGAUGCGGAGGCAAACGAGAAACUGCAGCGUAUGGUUGCUGACCAGCAGGAGGCAGAGCAGCGGAAGCACACUUCACUGGAGGUGCAAGCUGCUUUGGAGAAGCAGGAGAAGGAGGUUGCUUCCCGAAAGGAAGUCGUUUUGGGAGAUUUGGCUCGGGCGGAGCCUGCAGUGAUAGAAGCACAGAAGAGUGUCAGCAGCAUCAAGCGUCAACACCUCACUGAGGUCCGAUCAAUGAGCAAUCCCCCAGCUGGUGUCAGACUCGCCAUGGAGGCAGUCUGUACUCUACUCGGUCACAAGGUUGUUGGUGACUGGAAAGCUGUCGGAUCUAUUCUUCGAAGGGAGGACUUCAUCGCUAGUAUCGUUCAUUACAACAACGAGAAGCAGAUGACUCGUUCCCACCGCAUCAAGAUGCAGAACGAGUAUCUCUCCAAGGAGGAAUUCACUUACGAGCGAGUGAACCGUGCCAGUAAGGCAUGCGGUCCCCUGGUUCAAUGGGUCGAAGCGCAGGUCAACUACUCCGCAAUUUUGGAUCGCGUUGGGCCUUUGCGUGAGGAGGUUGAUACACUGGAGGAACAGGCUCUUCAGACCAAGGCCGAGGCUCAAGCCAUUGAGAAUACCAUCACGAGUCUCGAGAACAGUAUUGCAGGCUACAAGGCCGAAUACGCUUCCUUGAUCAGCGAAACCCAGGAGAUCAAGACCGAAAUGUCUCGGGUUGAGUUCAAGGUCAACCGAAGUGUGCGCUUGCUCGACAGUCUGGCAUCUGAGCGAGUGCGCUGGGAGGAUGGCAGCAAGUCAUUCGAAACUCAAAUCAGCACUCUUGUUGGCGACGUCCUCAUUGCGGCCGCUUUCCUGGCCUAUGCUGGUCUUUACGAUCAGCAGUUCCGUAAGGCGAUGAUUGAUGAUUGGGUGCACCAGCUGGGUCAAUCUGGCAUCCAAUUCAAGCCACAUAACCCGAUCACAGAAUACCUGUCCAAUGCCGACGAGCGCCUGACUUGGCAAGAGCACUCUCUCCCCGUCGACGAUCUCUGCACCGAAAAUGCCAUCGUCUUGAAACGCUUCAACAGAUACCCCCUGAUCGUCGAUCCCUCUGGUCGGGUCACAGAAUUUUUGCAGAAGGAGAGCAAUGACCGCAAGCUCACUGUCACUAGCUUCUUGGAUGAUUCCUUUGUCAAGCAACUCGAGAGCGCCCUGCGUUUCGGAAACCCCAUCCUCAUCCAAGAUGCGGAGCAUCUGGACCCGAUUCUCAACCAUGUUCUCAACAAGGAGUACCAGAAGACUGGUGGACGUGUCCUCAUUCAACUUGGAAAGCAAGAAAUCGACUUCUCGCCAUCGUUCAAGCUGUUCCUUUCCACCAGAGAUCCGUCUGCUACAUUCCCCCCUGAUGUUUGCAGUAGGACAACCUUUGUCAACUUCACGGUCACACAGAGCAGCUUGCAGACUCAAUCAUUGAACGACGUUCUGAAGUUCGAGCGACCGGAUGUGGAUGAGCGCCGUAACAACCUUGUCAAGAUGCAAGGUGAAUUCAAGGUUCACCUUCGUCAACUUGAGAAGCGUCUGUUGCAGGCACUGAACGAGUCUCGUGGAAAUAUCCUCGACGAUGACAAUGUCAUCGAGACUCUUGAGACUCUCAAGAAGGAGGCCGGGGAAAUCUCAAAGAAGAUGUCCGAGACGGAAGGCGUGAUGUCCGAGGUGGAGAGUGUCACCAACCAAUACAGCAUUAUUGCCCGAGCCUGCAGUGCUGUCUUUGCGGUUCUGGAGCAGCUUCACCACAUCAACCACUUCUACCAGUUCUCUCUCCAAUACUUCGUGGACAUUUUCAACUCUGUUCUCUACCAGAACAAGCGUCUUGCACAGGAGAAGGACCACUCUGCACGCGUGCAAAUAAUCAUCCGAGACCUCUUCAUCACCACCUACCAACGCACAUCCCUCGGUCUCGUCCAGAAAGACCGCAUCACGCUGGCAAUUCUUCUUGCUCAGGCCACACCAUUCCCAAUGGAUAGGACCAUCCUCGAUCGCAUCUUGGACGAAUCUGUUGAAGACGCCGAUCUCUCAAGCACUGGCACCACGCGUGACGAAGUGAUGAGCAGGUUGAACAGCAUGUCUCUAUUCAAGGAACAGAUUGCCAAUGUUACUGAAGAGCAGUGGGAUCGCUUCUUUACCGAAGAGCUCGCAGAGAAUGCCGUUCCGGUAAUCUGGGAUGAAGGCACAUCACACCUUGACCAGCUUCUUCGAUCCUUGUUGCUUGUCAAGCUUUGCCGGAUGGACCGAUUUGUUCCUACCGCUGAGCGCUUUAUCGAGGCUGUGUUUGGCCGUGAGCUAUUCGAGGGCAGUGGUGACUUGCAGGAUGUCGUCGAGCAAGUCACAGCUACUACGCCAAUUUCCCUCAGCUCCAGCCCUGGUUUCGAUGCCAGUUACAAGGUCGAUGCCCUGGUGCAACGGACGAACGCAACAUGCGCCAACAUUGCCAUGGGUUCGAAUGAAGGUCUCGAGAGCGCCGACAAGGCUAUCAGCAACGCUGCCGCGACCGGUAACUGGGUUCUCGUCAAGAACGUUCACCUCGCUCCUUCUUGGCUUCAGAGUCUCGAAAAGAGAUUGGAUUCGCUCAAACCUCACAAGGAAUUUCGUCUUUUCCUUUCCAUGGAAUCUAGUCCUAAGAUCCCUGUCAAUCUGAUCCGUGCCUCGCGCGUCUUGAUGUUCGAGCAGCCUGCUGGUGUGCGCGCCAAUAUGAAGGACUCCCUAUCUUCCCUGUCCGAUCGUGCCAGCAAGGCUCCUGUUGAGAAGGCUCGUGUUUACAUCUUGCUCUCCUUCCUCCACGCCGUGGUCCAAGAACGCCUCCGCUACGCGCCUAGCCUGGGAUGGAAGGGCUUCUGGGAAUUCAAUGACAGCGACUACGAAUGCUCUGCUUAUAUCAUUGACCACUGGGUCGACACUGUCGCCCAAGGCCGUUCUAACGUUGCCCCCAACAAACUUCCCUGGGAGAUGAUUCGUACACUCAUUGCGGAGAUGUACGGAGGCAAGAUCGAUGAUGCUGGCGACUAUCAGCAACUGGAGAGCCUGGUGCACAACUUUAUUACCGCGGCCGCGUUCGAGGACGAGUACAAGCUGGUCUCCGGCGUUGAAAAGGAUCACCUUCUGGUUCUGCCCAGUAGCACCAGCAUGCGUGAUUUCAAUGCCUGGGUCAACAACCUGCCCGAGCGUGAGCCGCCCACUUACCUGGGUCUCCCUGCCAAUGCCGAGAAGUUGUUGUUGGUCGGCCAUGGCCGUAAGAUGAUUGGGGACUUGUCUCGGGUUACCACUCUUCUGGAUGAGGGCGAGCAGCUGAUGGUUGAUAAUUAA